AGCGCACUAUUUUGGCACCCCUCAAAAACAAAGUUGCGGUGCUGAAAUUUCACAUUGCGCUAUUAUCACCUCUCAGCGGAGACCGGAGAAGGCCACUCCAUGACAGUCUCGCCUCGCGCACAACGUGUUUGCGCAUCCCACAGCAGCGGCGGCGGCUCAUCGCGGAACUGGUGAAACACUUCAAGACGCUAUUAUACAACAUUUGGGUUUUAUUGCUUAUACGGGGCAAUAACCUGCUAUUAUGGCAGGGGUUCGUGGAAUGGCUCUUUGGGGGUUGUGUGGGCUUUUAUUCGGGCUGCUGAGGCUCAGCUUGGCUUGCCCUGUAUCGUGCUCGUGCAAUGGCUCGAGGAUCGCGUGUAUCGAUCAAGAACCGGGAAUCGAGGAUUUCCCUGUUUUGGUGCCGGAGAGUGACAUGGAAAACAUCACGGAUAUAUACAUCACAAAUCAAAAAAAGCUAUUAACAAUCAAUGAGGACCAUAUGAAGUUCUACUCAAAUCUCAGGAAUUUAACAGUGACCAAUACUCACCUGACAUCUGUCUCUACAUUGGCCUUCUUCAACAAUUCCAAACUUCAAUAUCUGAAUCUCAGAGACAAUAACUUAUCAACACUCUCAUGGAUGGCAAUUCGUAACUCAAACAUGUCAACUUUGCUGCUGUCUGGGAACCCUUUGCAAUGUAUCUGUGAGAACAUCUGGAUUAAACAAAUGUUGGAUGACAGUGAGAAAGAGGGGCUGCAAUGUCUGCAGGAUGGAGGGAGAGCAAAAGCCCUCACCAGACUCUCUCUUCCUUCAUGUGAGUAUCCGCAUGUUGACGUCAUCCCUGCUGUGGUCAAUCAAAUGGCAGGAAGUAAUGCUACAGUGAUGUGUAGCGCAUCUGGGGCCCCAACCCCUGAACUUACUUGGAGCUUAAAUUCAAGUGAACACCCUCCUUUCAUAACCAACCACGAGAUUAACAAAAUGGAUCUACAGUCUGUGUUGACUCUAAAUGGACUUUCACCUGAUGACAAUGGCCGAGAGCUCACCUGUAGAGCUGAAAACAUUGUGGGCCAGAAAGAGGAUUCAGUCCUGCUCAAUAUUCUCUUUCCCCCUACUAUCGUGCAGCUGGAAGAGCCCGAAAGGCAUCAGGACUGGUGCAUCCCAUUCACUGUGACAGGCAACCCGAAGCCUCAACUGCGCUGGUACCACGAGGGCAAGCUGCUGGAGGAGCAGCAGUACAUCAGGACCGAGAUCCAUGAAAUCACAUAUACGGAGUACCAUGGCUGUCUGCAACUGGUCAUUCCAACACACAUCCAUAAUGGCAUUUACAAGCUGGUGGCUAGCAAUGAGUUUGGAGAGGACAGCAGGAAUGUCACAGCACACUUCAUGCACAUGCCCGAUGAUGACCACUCAGGGACAGUGGAAAUAGACUAUUACGACCCAACGUUUAGUCCGGAAACCCCACCAUUGGAGGACACAGUUGCGGUGUAUAUAGUGGUUGGGAUAGCUGGGGUUGCUUUAACUGGAUGCAUUCUUAUGUUAGUUUUCCUCAAGUAUGGCAGAAGCUCCAAAUUUGGCAUGAAGGGUUCUUCAUCUGUCAUUAGUAAUGAUGACGACUCAGCCAGUCCCCUCCACCAUGUUUCCAAUGGCAACAACACACCAUCAUCCUCAGAGAUUGGCUCAGAUGCCGUUAUUAUUGGAAUGACAAAGAUCCCAGUCAUCGAGAACCCGCAGUACUUCCGCAACCCUGGCAGCAUGCUCAAAUCGGACACUUUCGUCCAGCACAUAAAGCGUCACAACAUUCUGCUAAAAAGAGAGCUUGGAGAGGGUGCUUUUGGAAAAGUGUUCUUGGCUGAAUGCUACAACUUGACACCUGACCAAGAGAAAAUUUUGGUGGCUGUUAAGACGCUGAAAGAAGCCAGUGAAAGUGGGCGAGCAGAUUUCCACCGGGAGGCGGAGCUUCUCACCAACCUGCAACAUGAGCACAUUGUCAAGUUUUAUGGCGUGUGUGUAGAAAGUGACCCCCUCAUCAUGGUGUUUGAAUACAUGAAACAUGGAGACCUCAAUAAAUUUCUCAGGGCUCAUGGUCCAGAUGCGGUUCUGAUGGUGGAUGGGCAGCAGAAUUUGAUGGAGUUAACUCAGCCGCAGAUGCUGCACAUUGCUCAGCAGAUAGCAGCAGGAAUGGUGUAUCUGGCUUCACAGCAUUUUGUGCACAGAGACCUGGCCACACGCAACUGUCUAGUGGGAGAGAACCUGCUUGUCAAGAUAGGAGACUUUGGCAUGUCCAGAGAUGUCUACAGCACUGACUACUAUAGGGUGGGUGGUCACACCAUGCUGCCCAUUCGCUGGAUGCCUCCAGAGAGCAUCAUGUACAGGAGAUUUACUACAGAAAGUGAUGUAUGGAGUCUGGGUGUGGUCCUGUGGGAAAUAUUUACUUAUGGCAAGCAACCCUGGUACCAACUCUCAAAUAAUGAGGUAAUCGAGUGCAUCACACAGGGCCGGGUGCUUCAGAGACCUCGUACUUGCCCCAAAGAGGUGUAUGACCUAAUGCUAGGCUGCUGGCAGAGGGAGCCUUACAUGAGACUCAACAUCAAAGAAAUCCACAAUCUGCUCCAGAGUCUGGCCAAGGCCUCGCCGGUUUACCUGGACAUCCUGGGCUGACCCUGUGUGGGACAUCUGUUUGUCAGUGUGGGUGUGUAAUUGUGAGAAGUGAGAGCAUGUACAGUUGAAGUCAGAAGUUUACAUAAACCUUAGCCAAAUAUAUUUAAUCUCAGUUUUUCACAAUUCCUGACAUUUAAUUGUACAAAACAUUCCCUGUCUUAGGUCAGUUAGGAUCACUAUUUUAAGAAUGUGAAAUGUCAUAUUAAUACUAGAGAGAAUUUAUUUCAGCUUUUAUUUCUUUCAUCACAUUCCCAGUGGGUCAGAUGUUUACAUACACUUUGUUAGUAUUUGGUCAUAUUGCUUUUAAAUUGUUUAAAUUGGGUCAACCAUUUCGGGUAGCCUUCCACAAGCUUCUCACAAUGAGAUGCUGGAAUUUUGUCCCAUUCCUCCAGACAGAACUGGUGUGUCAGGUUUGUAGGCCUCCUUGCUUGCACACACGUUUUCAGUUCUGCCCAUAAGUUUUCUAUCGGAUUGAGGUCUGGGCUUUGUGAUGGCCACUCCAAUAACUUGACUUUGUUGUCCUUAAACCAUUUUGCCACAACUUUGGAGGUAUUCUUGACAUCAUUGUCCAUUUGGAAGACCCAUUUGUGAUCAAGCUUUUCCUGGCUGAUGUCUUGAGAUUUUGCUUCAAUAUAUCCUCGUAAUUUUCCUUCCCAUAAUGCCAUCUAUUUUGUGAAGUGCACCAGUCCCUCCUGCAGCAAAGCACCCCCACAACAUGAUGCUGCCCCCCAUGCUUCACAGUUGGGAAGGUGUUCUUUGGCUUGCAAGCCUCACCCUUUUUCCUCCAAACAUAAUAAUGGUCAUUAUGCUAUUUAGUUUCAUCAGACCAGAGGACAUUUCUCCAGAAAGUAGGAUCUUUGUCCCCAUGUGCACUUGCAAACUGUAGUCUGGCUUUUUUAUGGUGGUUUUGGAGCAUUGACUUCUUCCUUGCUGAGCAGCCUUUCAGAUUAUUUUGAAAUAUGACUUGUUUUACUGUGGAUAUAGAUACUUGUCUACCUGUUUCCUCCAACACCUUCACAAGGUCCUUUGUUGUUGUUCUGGGAUUGAUUUUCGCACCAAACUACAUUCAUCUCUAGGAGACUGUAUGGAUCUCCUUCCUGAGUGGUAUGAUGGCUGCAUGGCCCAUGGUGUUUAUACUUGCGUACUAUUGUUUGUACAGAUGAACGUGGUACCUUCAGUCGUUUGGAAAUUUCUCCCAAGGAUGAACCAGACUUGUGGAGCUCCACCAUUUUUUUCUGAGGUCUUGACUGAUUUCUUUUGAUUUUCCCAUGAUGUCAAGCAAAGAGGCACCGAGUUUGAUGGUAGGCCUUAAAAUACAUCCACAGGUACACCUCCAAUUGACUCCAAUUAGCCUAUCAGGAGCUAAUUGGUUAAUUUGUCAACAAUCUGUCUGUAAACAAUUGUUGGAAAAAAUUACUUGUGUCAUGCACAAAGUAGAUGUCCUAAACGACUUACCAACACUAUAGUUUGCUAAUAUGAAAUCUGUGGAGAGGUUAAAAAUGUGUUUUAAUGACUUCAACCUAAGUGUAUGUAAACUUCUGACUUCCACUGUAUAGGAGUGAAUGUGAGGGAUUUAAAGAGCAAGGGAAGGUUUUGAUUAGGAGACGUGAUUGAAUAUAAAAUUGCGUGUGUGCUUAAAAAUGGCUUGUGCUUCAGCCUUCUCACCACAUAGACUAAAGGCCUUAAAAUUGACAUUGUGCAUUUGCUUUCAGUUUUUACCUGUCUGGAUUUGUCCAUUUCUCUCAUGUAUCCUUGUAUUUUUUUAAUCCUAAAUUGUCAACAACAUGAACAAAUGGAAACAAUUUGUUGUAAAUAUGCGAUAAAGACAACGUAGACCCUUUGUUUAACAGCCUUUUUGAAAAAGGUACCUUCAGAAAGUUUACAGUUAUAUCGUUUUUAUCACCAUUUAUUUAUUGAGUUUUAUUUCAUCCAUUAAAGGUCGGAUAUAAUUUUGGACUAUUCUGCUAAUCCAUCCUCUCUGUGACAAGUUUAAAUGUAUAACCCUGAGGUUGAUGAAAGGCAUGUUUUUGGAUGUGUCUGUGCACCCCAUCAAACUCAGUCUGAACUUUGUAAAAGAAGCACAGCAACAGACACCUACGAUUUAUUUAUUUCUGAAGAGGCUUGAGGGUGGAUGCUUAUACCAGCAGUGACACUAAAGUAAGACUUUGUUUGGCUUCCAGGCCAUAUGUGGUGAAGUAUUAACUGAGGGCACUUGCUCUCCAACUGUGGUUUGAAGAACGAUACUGUUCUUGUGUCAGUCAAUGGUAAAAAGUUUUGUUUUUUCCAAUUUAGGGUGCUUACACACUAGAGAAGUUCCUGACAGAACAUUUUCCAGAUAGGAAUGCAUUUUGAGGUCGUGGAAAGUCAAGUGAAAUGGAUUUCCGUGAGCACAACAAAACCUGCCUCUGAAAUUCUUAUUGGUCAACAGAUGCUCAUGUCAGAGUGUGUGUUGCAGGCAAAAGGUGUUUAAUACUUGUUGAGAGCUAUCCGUUCAUUCCCAUUCAUCUCAAUGGCAGUUGCUUGGCUUUUGCAUAACCUGUUGGAAAUAAAUGGCCUGCUUGCGGCUAUCUUUGCUCUCAUGGGUUCUGCAUACAGGUUUUUUUUUUUAGCCAAUCACCUGAGCCGUAAAUGUCAUGUAACUAAUCACGCUGGAGCCACAGGAAAAUUAUGUCCUGACAUGCUGAUGGCACCUCAAGGACACGCAGUUCCAAGACUGUCACUAGUGACUUUCCUGACCUGUGAUGCCAGAUGCCACAGAUAAGAAUUUUUUUUUCUGUUUCAUGCAAACAGUCGGACACUGUCAAAAAUGUACUAUAAAUAUUUGCAAUUAUAUUUUGUGGUCUACAGCAACUUUUCAAUGGCCGUCAAUUGUGAAAGAUGCUUUUUGCCCGCAGAGUGGUCUAUGUACGGCAUUUACUAGCAGUAAUAAUAACUGGAACAUGCUAACCAGGCAAACCUUGAUCCAGCGAAGGAAAAAUUAAUCCCAACUUUUUGUUGCAUGUAAGUGUCACUUUCACCAACCCUUAUUUCUUUCCUCUACGUCCUUAUGACACACCAAUGGAUUCCCAACAUUCCCUGACACAGUGUAGACCAGGGGUCAGCAACCUAUGGCAUGCAUGUCACCAUUGGCAAGUGAAGGGGUAGUCACGGUCACUGUGCUUCAUGUGGUGAAUAAGUGGGGGGGGGGUCGUCGGCACAGUUUUUAACAAGAAAAAUUUAAAAUGGCAAUUCAUGUAAAAAAGGUUGCCGAACCCUGGCUUAGACUCUAAUGUGUAGGCGCCCUCAAUCGUCGUCGUGUUGUAAUCUGUUGGAUCUUGCCUUUGGGAAGAUUCCUUUCGUACCUGUUCCUGGGAAGUACGUAUCAUAGAUGUUGUCCAUAAAGUAAUAAACCCAAUUAAACAGCUGGAUUUGAUUUUCUCUCAAAUUAUUCAUUAUUCUGUAUUUAUGUAUCGACUACAAAAUAACUGCUAAAUAAUACAUGUAUGUAUCAAAAUAGAUGAUCAGUUUGUUUUUGAUGUGGGCCAUUUCAAAGCUAUGGGCUUG